GCUAAGUCAAAAGCUAGCAACCAUGUCAACUCGCGAACCAAGUCACGCCGGAAGCUGGUAUAGCUCUUCCAAGUCACAACUCUCGAGUCAACUUGAUGGUUGGUUGUCCAAGGUCGAUACUCCAGUCAAACCUAUCGGCCAAGUUUCUUCUCAAGAAUCCUUGACCGCUCUGCCGGUCCCUGUNCAUGCCGGAUACUCCUACUCUGGCCCUGCAGCUGCUUGGGCCUAUCGCUCUUGGGACGUCUCAAAAGCAAAGCGAGUCUUNUUACUCGGUCCCUCCCACCACUUCUACCUUUCCAAAUGUGCCCUCAGUCAAUGCGCCAAAUACGCCACUCCCCUAGGAGAUUUGACAGUCGACACAAAAACCACACAGCAACUCUACGAUACCGGCAAGUUCCAAUGGAUGAGCAAGAGCGUCGACGAAGAUGAACACAGUCUAGAGAUGCAUCUUCCCUACAUCUACAAGAUGCUCUCCCGCUACUUCCCCUCUGAAUCUGCAUUCCCGAAACUGGUCCCUAUUAUGGUGGGAAACACCAACCCAGCAACCGAAAAACAAUUUGGGAAAUUGUUGGCGCCUUACCUGCAAGAUCCUGAGAAUGCCUUUGUCAUCAGUUCGGACUUUGCACAUUGGGGUUUGCGCUUCCGCUAUACUUAUUAUGAAGAUGCCUCUGGUGAUGCAAUCGACCUCUCCGCUCGCUCAAAAGCACCUAGCAAUCCUCAUAUCCAUGAAAGCAUCAAAAACGUCGACUUCCAAUGCAUUGAUGCUUGCGAGACGGGUAGUCAUGACAAGUGGCUGAAUAUGUUGGCGCAAACGGGCAACACGGUUUGUGGACGCCAUCCCAUUGGUAUUGUCAUGGCUGCCAUGGAGGAGGUGGACAGUCUUGCGCGAUUCAGGUUUGUGAGGUAUGAGCGCAGUAGUGAGUGUACCAAGGUCGAGGACAGUAGUGUUAGUUAUGCUAGCGCUUUUGCUGUUCUC